AUGAUGGAAGAUUUCGGCAAGACAGCGAAGGGUAUUCCAGUGAAAAGGAUAACCAUUCGACCGAAACUCCCAGAAAAAUUGACCUCGGGCGGCGAUAGCGAAGUCUGGAGCGGAGUGAGAGCCGUCUUUAUCAAUUACGGUGCGGUCCUCCAGCAGCUGUGGAUUCCUGGCCAUACGGACACGGGCGGAAAGAAGAAGACGCCCCUCACGUUGGCCGAUGUGGUUCUCGGUUAUCCGGACAUUGGCAGUUACGAGAAAAACGUACCCUAUCACGGAGCCAUAGUUGGACGCGUGGCUGGUCGCAUCAGUAAUGCUCGCUUUGCCAUCCCCUACGAACUGGACCCCACCAUGACUGGCGUCUACAGGUUGCCGAAGAAUCUGAAGAAACAGCACUGUCUUCAUGGUGGAACGUUAGUUUUCACUUUUCACCUCGUAGCCUACCAUUUUCAUCCUUUAUUUUUCUCGAUUCCUGCAGUGUUCGAAGGAAUUAGAAGAGUAGAAUUCUCUUAGGGUUAAAAUAUCCCCCGUUAUUAUGGCCAAGCAUUAGCGACCUCUUUCCAUUCUAAGCGCAAACCUUUGAAAUAGCGAUUUGCCAACUGAGUACCAGUGAUUGUAAAGCCUAUACUUCCACUUUAAAUAAGGCCCAAGAGAUAACCUGUUGGUUUUUAUAUUAAAGUGCAGCCUUGGUUUGGAAUACAAGGGAACUCAAGAAACAAAGUUACUGUUUCACUCGGUUUGACUGGGCGAAGAUUUCGGUUGUCCACUUAUCACUUUAAUUGCAUAAUACAUCUAGUAACCUUACUGGCACGUAGUCGCUCCAAGGGCUGAGCUAGAUUUUGAUGGAGGGGCCUAUGAUCUAACCCAUGAGAUCGUCGAUCUCUUAUUUUUACCACAACUGACUAACACUACUGCAACUUCUCUGCAGAACAUGUCGCGUGAGUAGGCUCCUCGCGUAAAUCAAGCUGUGGAAACACUUGUACGAGCAAACCGCCUCCCGUUAUUUGUUUUUCGGGUGACUAGGAUGAACUGGACCAUCUGUUUAAAUCCCAGGCUUUGACCACGUCGUUUUUUCCCGUUCAAACGGCGGGGUCGACGACUGGAAUUGCAACUGGUAGCCUGGUCCUUCCUGGUUCCCCGGAAAACAAAUAACGGGAAGCAGUUUGCUCGGGCGAUGGUUUAAACAAUUUGGCCUGUGUGUGAAACGUACCGACGCUAUCUGUACUACAAAAACUUGCAGUAUUAUUGAUCAUUUAGGCUAAAAUCAAGAUAUGAACGACCUUCCGGACUAAUCCAUUGCUUCCCUCCAUCUCAGUUUGGUUCAACCGUUGGGAUAAAGACAUGUGCCAACGGGUUUAUUAGAACCUCGACUCUUCCACGGCCGUCCAUCCUGAAACAAACCGAACUAUAUAAGCCCCACAACGGGGUUUUCUGAAUUUUCUUGUCUGUCGACCUGGAAAAAUGCGAUCUCAAUGUGUUAAUUAUCCAUUCUUAAGCCCAGUCUGUGUAUCUUUCGAGAGAAAUGUGGUGUCAGCUCCAUAAACGUUCGAAUCCGAUGGAAAAUUAUCCUGUCACUUUGAACGAUUGCAUUUAGCCUUUAUAAAAUGGCUUAUGAUAUACUUGUUUUUCUGAGAUUUCGGGUUACAGCAAAAAUGACUUCUGAGCUUACCACUUGUAACUUAUGAUAAAAGCGAAGAGGCGAGUUCCACGAAGUAGUCGCGAAGAAGGAGACAUGAUCGCUGGAACAAGAGCUUUAUUAACCUGACGUUUUAGAUUCCCACUCGAAUCCACCACCCGUAUCUGACUUGGCCCCUGAUGAUGCAUUCGAGUAGGAAUCCAAAAUGUCAGGCUAAUAGAUCUUGUUCCAACGAUACUAUAUCCUUCUUCGCAAUAACUUAUAAGCCAAACCCUGUCUUCACUUUGAGGAAUGGUUGUUUCCUUAGUUCAAUGAAACUUUUCGGAUAGCUGGAUGGGUAACCUAUUUAUAUCGGCAAUAUUUUUAUGAAUUCCAUACUAUUUCGUGGUUUAAGUCGUAUACUGUAAUUGAUAGUAAUUUCCAUAUUUGAUUUGCAAAUGUUGUCCCGGCGUUUGUUCCCGCCCAUUUCAGUCCAAACGGUGGGGUAGGCUACUUGAAUUUAAACAGAUAGCCCAGUUCAUACUAGUCGCCCAGGGAACAAGUAACGGAGAGCGGUUUACCUGCGAAAUUGUUUCUACUGGUUGAUUUACGCAAGCAGCUACUCAGGCUAUUUGUUCUACAAAAAAGCUUGCAUUAUUAUUAAUCAGUUGCGGUGAAAAUAAAAGAAAGGCGAUCUUGCAGACCAGACCAUAGCCCCGCCCAUCUCAGUGAAGCCCAGACUUUGGAACGGGGACGUGUGCUAGCAGAGAACAAUAGACAAAUAUAUAGCUUAACUUUAGGGCCCUGAUUAUGAUGUUGUAAAGAGUGAGGGACUUAUUUUAUUUGUUCUUACCGAAUUACGGGACAGAUUAGCAGCCAUAUUUCUACAACUUAUAGGUGUUUUCACCAUUUGUACUAUAUUGCAUUUCCUAAUAAUUUUGUCCGAAAAUUCGGAAAAAACAUUAAUUGAGUCAUUUUAAAAUAGGCUGCGUUUCGCCAAAUGUUGCCAGUAGUUUUGUUUACAUUCGUGAAGCUCUUAACGCUCCCAUUAAAGUUUGCAAAGAACACAAGAUAAACAACCUCCUCUAUCCAUCUGCACUCCUUGAAAAAAAUGUGUCUAAUAUGUUAUUAGUGUGACCAAUGACACGGCCUAUAAUUUAUUGACCCAUCAAAUUACUAUGAUGGGAAGUAGCUUAAUUUUUCGACAAUAAGCUUUUUGCUGUCGAAUUAUUUCGAGAGCGAGUUGUUGCUACCUUUGGAAUCGUCUGCGCACUAAUUUAUUCGCGUGGGUCUCGGGUUUGGUUACCUGCCGGCUAGGUUACUACAAAAAGUUCUUUACUGACAUCAUCAAACGUUUUCUGGUUAUAAUUUCAGUAGUGUCUCGGGACCAAAAAGACAGUCAGUGACCGAUCUCAUGAAAUUCUAAUUGAUAUUCUGAAAUGCGUUUUCGAUUGGAAAGGACGAUUUUUUUGAGGUUGCAAUAUUGAAUGACCCAGGAUAUCGCAGACACAACAAGAUGAGGACUUUUCAAUUCGCCUUUUUCAGUCGCCUGCAAAAGCCGCGUUUGGUAAAAAGUGGCCGCUUAUGUAAUGUACAUUUUUCUACUGGCUUUGGAUGCCCUUUUAAAUCCAAAUACUUUUACUGAAAAUAUGCACAACAUUAUUCGUUCUUGUGCUCAUUCAGUAGCAAAUAACAUCUUCAAAUUUCAGGCCCAGAGGAAGGCGUACUUAUGUUUUGAUGAGUUUUCUAAAUUGAAAAUAAUUUUGAGCUCGAUCAGCCGUUGCACUUGCGUUAAGGGUUUGAAGUCUAUAAGCCAUAACUUUACCAUGUAAGGAGGACCAUAGAGCCCAUUUAUGCCUUUAAGAAUAAAUCAGAUAGGGUUCAUGACUUUUUUCAAUGGAUAUGGACUAUAGUCUAUACUUCAUAAGGAGAAUUUGUCAGAUAUGGUUAUGUAGCCCCACCUGAAGUAAGCAAACCCCAGACAUUUGUAAUACAGGACCGGCGGUAAUAGGGGUUUUUACGGAUGGGGCCGGGGAACGCAGUCAAAGAGGUCAAGGGAUUUUAUGCAAAAGAAAAGCUAUUGGGAAUGCCUGGUUGUGCUUUGAGUGGCUGCGAAAUAGUUGCGCUAUCUCCUAACCCUAGCCCCCUAACCCUAAGCCUAACCCUUAACCUUGACCCCUAACCAUAACCCCCGAUUCCUAACCCCCUAGCCCUAACCCCAAACCCUAAGCCCUAGCCCCUAACCCUAACUCUAACCCCAACUCUCACCCUAACCCUUUAAUCCUUAACUGCAGCCCUAAACCCUAACCCUGAAACAUCUAACGCGACAGUCAGAAGGAAGCGACAGGUCAACAGUCAAGGACCACUGACCUUAGACUGAAAAAGGUAAACACGUCGACAAAUAAACAAGGCCACCAACAGAACACACACCGAAACGCACAGCAACUCCAUGUCAACGUAAUCACACCGAAUCAAAAUAAUUAAGUGGGUCAACGGUAUUGUGUCCAUGAGGUGUGGCGAUAUAACCACAUAUUAGUGGAGAAUUAGUAAACGGACAGAUACGAUGCCAUUCGAUUGAACAUUGCACGGUCAUAAAAACGCCAUAAUUAUGGACUUCUUAAGACCUAAGUAGACACACUCUUUGAGUACAGAAUUUGAAGAAGACGUGCUUUUCUACCAAAUGGGUACAAAAUAGGAUAUUCUGGUACAUAGUUGCAAUAAAAUAUAUUUGGAUUUACAAGAGCAUCGAAAAUCAAUAGAAGAGAUGCGUGCUAUAUAAGAAGUCAUCUUUUACCGAGCGCGUUUUUUACACGCGACCGGAAAUGCCGCGCUCAAAAGCUGACAUCCUGCCGUGUCUGAGAUGUCUUGGGACUAUGCUGCACGAGAGAAAAUAUUUCAACCCCACUUAAGAAAUCCAUCCUGAUCGAAAAUGCACUUCUUAAUUACUGCUGUCAUUUCACGAGAUCGGGUACCGACUGUACAUCUGGCGGUCAGACUGACACCCGAAGCUUUCUGAGUCUGUUGAGUUUCGCCUUCCUUUCAAAAAUAACCAUAGCUAAGUUUUGAAAGCACUGCCGAAGGUCUGCGUCGGUUCUACUUUGAAAAAUGUCAGAUUAUACUCCAGGGCAAUUUAUGAUUGGGUUGUGAAGAUGGAGAAUCCACUUGUCUUCUGCCGUCUCGAAACCAGUCAUUUAAACUUCCCUGACGGUUAUCUAGAUGUAUGUUAGGUGUACUAUUACAUGCAAUAUUAGCCGCAAUUCUGAAAUAUGUUCUCGAUUCAAAUAGAUUGCCGAAGUUGGGUUGCAACAUUAAUUAUCAUGCAACAUUGUUCUAAAAUAUUCAGUCAGGAUGCCGGCUUUUAGAUGAGUAUCUAUUCGGUCGUCUCCAGAGGCCACACUCUUCACAGUGAAAAAUUCGGAGGAGACACAAAUGAGUUCAAGGAAAAAUAUUUUUGUGUAUGUUUUCUAUAUAAUGUAUCUCAAUUUAAGCGGGCACCGAAGAUCAAUGGGGACAGUUCAUACUAAUUAUGUAGCGAUUUUUUAUUGUGUACAAUUUUUACAGACGGUCGGAAGGAAGCUCGUUCAAAAGCCGGCAUCCUGAUAAUACUGAGAUAUGUCGAGAUUCUGCUGUAUAGUCACUAAUAUUACAAACCCUAGUUAGGUAAUCUUUUCGAGUAGAAAACAUACUUUAAAUCUCCGCUAGCAUUUCAUGAGAUAGUACAUCCACUCACAGAAUAGCUUUCGAUAUGGUCUCUGCAUGCAGCCUAUGAAAUGCGACUUCAAAAUUGUUCUGAUAGAGUAUCGAUUACUUCAUGCCUGCAAAGGCCAGUUUAAUCGCAGAAAAUAGGAAAGAAUGCACUGCUGUUUCGGAGCGAAUAUUGAACAGAACGCCUUGAUGGCUAUCGACCUCGUUGAUAAUUUCGCAGACAGCAGAUCAGCAUUUGAUUCGAACGCCUACGAUGGGUGACCCAGUCAGACCCCAUGUGCUUGGUUUGCACACUGACUUUCAUGAAAAUACUUCAACAAGGGCAAGCGGCUCAAUUACAUGAAUGGGUAAGGUGUGGUUUGUUAGCCCCACCUGAUGGACACAAUACUGUUGGGAUUGGGGUUAAGAGUUAGGGUUUAGGAUUAGGGGUUAUGGUCAAGGGUUAUGGGUAGAGUUAGGGGGUUACCACAACUAUUUCUCAGCCAUCCCAAGUACAACCGUGCAUUCCCAAUAGCCUUUCUUUUGCAUACAACUACUUGACCUCGUCGCCUGUGUUCCCCGGCUCCACCUGUAAAAACCCCUAUUACCACCGGUUCCGCGUUAGAGGUGACUGGGAUUUAUUUACUUCAGGUGGGGCUACAUAACCACAUCCGACCCAUGAAUGUGUGCUUCGACAGACGCUUGCCCUGACAAUGAUAGCUGAGGGACUGGAUCGAAAGCCCGGAACCCCGAAAUGGAGUCAGAUGCCCUACCACUCGAUUGUCGAGGAACUGGAUAGAAAGUCCGAUUCCUUGAAACGGUGUCAGAUGCCCUAUCACUCAGCUAUCGCGCUCACGUCUGCCAACCUAUUCCAACGUUUAGUCGUCCCGGAAGCAAGACGUAAGGGGGGACUUUUCGAUCCAUUUGUACGACUGGCAGUAGUGAGUGCGAUUUCCAAGAGGUAGAUCACGCGGCAUGAAUGCCAUAAGUCGGUUGUUCGAACCCCCAUGCACUGAAAACGCUCAUAAUCGGUAUGAUUUCCCCAUGUGUUAUUGUCCUCCCUAGAAAGUCUUCGUACUGAAGCCGUCACGCUUCCUACAGACAGUUGUGUUAUCGAAAAUCGUGUCCCAUUUUAUGCGGCAAGCAGUCAGAUUUAAGUUGCCUUUUUUGCGAAAACAGCCUUCUGCAAGAGAUGAAAAUAAGGCUAUGAUAGGCAGGUGGGCAAUUCACUAGAUAGGGAGGAAAGUCGACCGUAAGUGGCUCUUCCUACGGACGUGGCGAGAUGUUCAGUUCAAACAUGACUCAGGGUAAUCUUGAGGACGACAACGACGCAACUUCUUAAAAAAACUGUUAUACGGUUAAUCUCAAAACCCCUCGAGACGCUGUCAAACGGUUUGACGAGCUCGUGAGUAAACUACCUAACGGCCUUCGCAUAACGACAACUUGGACAGCAUCGGUGAGUUAAAACACGAGGCCUCUUUCGACAUUUCGGGUGAAUCAAACAUAGGAGUUUUCUUUCUUGUUAAAUUGAUCUAUGCAUAUUUCCUCCUGAAACGCAAGCUCACGAUCCGGUGUGCGCUGAAUAAACGAGGCUGUUGCGACGCUCCGCACCGUUCCAGGAUUACGAUGGCAAAACGGUUCGUGUCGCAGCCCAGACUUCGGUCAUUUUCUUUGGUAACCCGUUUUUAGGACUACUCACUCGUGUCAUUCUCACCCAGUUUCACUGACGUCAUCUUAACCCACAAUAUCCCUAAGAGACACUUUCUGCAAUGGAACAGUCUGCAGGAAUGUUGGGUAGAAUGCAGAAUAUCUUCUAGCAAAGGAAAGCUGACUUCAGUUACUUAUCAACACACCAGUCUCAUAAAUGCGAGUUUUAUAAGAGCAAUCAAGUUUAAUUCUUUUCACUGAAAUUUAGGAUUGGACUAUCGAAUCGGCUCUGGGAGAUUGCGGAACAGAAGCCAGAGAGUGUUAAAUUCAAAAUCUUCUCCCCUGAUGGCGAAGACGGUUUUCCUGGCAACCUAACCGUCUAUGUGACCUACCGGAUAACGGUCAACUCUGAGGAGAAAAUCGAACUCUCCAUCGACUACUUUGCCAGCGUUACAGACGCCAUCUGUCCACUGAAUCUGACCAAUCACACCUACUUCAAUCUGGCGGGACAUCGCGCGGGACCGGAGGCCCUGGACCGACACAUCGCCUGUAUCGCUGCGGACCGGAUCCUCGAGACAGAACCUGACCUCAUGCCCACGGGACGAAUUCAGAAGGCGGGCAAAGUGGAUGGCACGGACCUGCGCAAACCAGUUGGCCUGAAAGAUGGUCUGAGGAAGAUCCAUCCGGCACCGUUUCAGGGUUUUGAUGAUUACUACAUUUUUAAUCAGAUGCCCGAAGAGGAGGCUAAGAUGACAGUCUCGGAGCCAAAUUCUGGUCGGCGGGUUGAGGUCUUCAGCGACCAGCCGGGAGUCCAGUUCUACACUGGCAAUUGUCUGGAGCCAAAAACUGAUCCGGUGGGCAAAGAUGGCUACAGUUACCCGCCCCACAGUGGCUUCUGCAUGGAAUUGCAGGGUUUUCCGGACGCGGUGAAUAGAGCCAACUUUCCGAAGACCUUUGUUCUUCCCAAUGGGAAGCCUUACAUUCAGAAGACAAAGUUUGUGUUCUCCUUUUAA